AUGGCCGAAGUCGGCGAGGACAGCGGCGCCCGCGCCCUGCUGGCGCUGCGCUCGGCGCCCCGCAGCCCCGCGCUCUGCGCCGCCGCCGCCGCCUUCGCGCCCCCCGCGGCCCCCGCGCCCGGGCCCGCCGCCCCCUCGCCGCCGCCGCCGCCGCCCGCCCAGCCCCCGCCGCCCCCGCCGCCGCCGCCGCCGCCGCCGCCGCCGGGCCCGGGCGCGCUGGCGGGGGGCGCGGGGGGCGCGCUGGCGGGGGGCGCGCUGGUGGCCGCGGCGGCCGCCUCGGUGCGCCGGAGCCCCGCGCCCGCGCUGGCGCGCCUGGAGGGCCGCGAGUUCGAGUUCCUGAUGCGGCAGCCCAGCGUCACCAUCGGCCGCAACUCGUCGCAGGGCUCGGUGGACCUGAGCAUGGGCCUGUCCAGCUUCAUCUCGCGGCGCCACCUGCAGCUCAGCUUCCAGGAGCCGCACUUCUACCUGCGCUGCCUCGGCAAGAACGGCGUGUUCGUGGACGGGGCCUUCCAGCGCCGCGGCGCGCCCGCCCUGCAGCUGCCCAAGCAGUGCACCUUCCGCUUCCCCAGCACGGCGAUAAAGAUCCAGUUCACGUCCCUGUACCAUCAGGAGGAGGCCCCAGCGUCUCCCCUCCGGCCGCUCUACCCGCAGAUCUCCCCGCUGAAGAUCCACAUCCCGGAGCCGGACCUCCGGAGCCUGGUCAGCCCCAUCCCCUCCCCGACCGGCACCAUCAGUGUCCCCAACUCCUGCCCGGCCAGCCCCCGUGGGGCUGGGUCCUCCGGCUACCGCUUCGUCCAGAAUGUGACCUCAGACCUGCAGCUGGCGGCAGAGUUCGCCGCAAAGGCCGCCUCGGAGCAGCAGGCCGACACGUCCGGAGGGGACAGUCCCAAGGACGAGUCGAAGCCGCCGUACUCCUACGCGCAGCUGAUCGUGCAGGCCAUCUCCUCCGCGCAGGACCGGCAGCUCACGCUCAGCGGCAUCUACGCACACAUCACCAAGCAUUACCCCUACUACCGGACCGCCGACAAGGGCUGGCAGAAUUCCAUCCGCCACAACCUCUCUUUGAACCGCUACUUCAUUAAGGUCCCUCGCUCCCAAGAGGAGCCCGGCAAGGGGUCUUUUUGGCGGAUAGACCCCGCCUCGGAGGCCAAGCUGGUGGAGCAGGCGUUCCGGAAACGGAGGCAGCGGGGUGUCUCCUGCUUCCGCACCCCCUUCGGGCCACUGUCGUCCAGGAGCGCCCCAGCUUCACCCACGCACCCCGGGCUCAUGUCCCCGCGUUCCAGUGGCCUGCAGACUCCGGAGUGCCUGUCCCGGGAGGGCUCGCCCGUUCCGCACGACACUGAUUUUGGGUCCAAGUUAGCGUCUGUUCCCGAGUAUCGGUAUUCCCAAAGCGCGCCCGGCUCUCCCGUCAGCGCCCAGCCGGUGAUCAUGGCCGUGCCACCCCGACCACCCAGUCUGGUGGCCAAGCCCGUCGCCUACAUGCCGGCUUCCAUAGUGACGUCCCAGCAGCCCUCGGGCCACGCCAUCCACGUCGUGCAGCAGGCCCCCCCGGUCACCAUGCUCAGGGUGGUCACCCCCUCCGCCGGCUCCGCCAACGGGUAUGUCCUCACCGGACAGGCCCCGGUGGGGGGCACCCACGGAGCGGCGGGCACGGCCGUGCUGGACCUGGGCAGCGAGGCCAGAGGCUUGGAAGAGAAGCCCACCAUCGCGUUCGCCACCAUCCCCGCUGCCAGCCGCGUGAUCCAGACGGUGGCCAGCCAGAUGGCCCCGGGGGUCCCCGGGCACACGGUCACCAUCCUGCAGCCGGCCACGCCAGUGACCAUCGGGCAGCACCACCUUCCGGUCCGGGCCGUCACUCAGAACGGCAAGCACGCCGUCCCCACGAGCAGUCUAGCUGGCAGCGCUUAUGCCCUCACCAGCCCCCUGCAGCUCCUCGCGGCUCAGGCUAGCUCGUCCGCUCCGGUGGUGGUCACGCGGGUGUGCGAGGUGGGGCCCGAGGAGCCGGCGGCAGCGGUAGCAGCAGCGGCCACCACCACCGCCACCCCUACCACCGCGCCCUCUGCCUCUCCCACCGGGGAGCCCGAGGUCAAGAGGUCCCGAGUGGAGGAUCCCGUGGGGACUGUGACCACGCAGGCCGGGGUGAUCACGGCUGCCGGCCCGCAGGGCCCCAGUACCGGGGAGUGACGUCACCGGCGUGGCGGUGGAGUGGGACACACGCCGAAAGGAGUUGUGGAGCUGGACCCAGGCGGCCGAUACCAGCGCCGCUCGGACGAGAUGAGGAAGCUCCACAUGGACCGAGCUCGGUGCCAGACGGGCAGGACGGCUCCCUCUGCUGUGCCCGGACACCCGCGUCCUCCUGGCAUCUUCUCUCCUGCCCUGCUCUGGUUUAAAACAAAACACAUAAACACGUUCAGACAGCUGAUUGUAUGAUUCUGGGAAUUCUUUGUUUUCGUUUCCUUCUCCCCCAGCACCACCUCUUCUCCGCAGGCCUUUAGUCGAGGGCGUGGGAAGAAGGUUGUAGCUCAGCAUCUCCAGGAGUCUGUCCAGGCGGCCCCGGCCCCGCGCAGAAGCCAGGCUCCCAGAGCAGCCGUCACCCCGAGGAUGGGAUGCAGAUGCAGCCUGGCGCAGACCGAGGCCUCCGAGGGAGAGCACGGGCCUGGGGGUCCAGCCCUUGUUUGUAAGAGAUUGGAAGUAGCCGAGAGAAAGGUGACACCACCAGAUUUCAGACCGUCCUGUGGUUUCUUCUCCUAAAAGUGACAAAGCAUUGGCAUUAAUUGGACAGAGGGGAGGGGCCUGGUUUGGCUUUGGGCCUCAAGCGUCUCUGGUUUUGUUGAGGCGUGGAAACCAGGCUUCAUCCUCAGGCGGAGACAGACCCAGAAGGGGUCAUCUGUUUUUGAGGUUCUCGUCGGUAGACCGUUUAACAGCUGUAGGUUUGGGCUUCUUACUGGCAUUAACCCCCACAGAGAGUAAACCUGCCGCUCCGUCUGUUAACUUCAAGAAAGAUCGACGGCCUCCUGGACUGGUGUUCCCGGCGGAAAGCUGUUCAGGUGAGAGAUCCACCCGAGGCAGCAGGCUGCGGCGUCCGGCCUGCGUCCCGACCACGCUGCGGUUGCGUGGCCACUGGUGCUCAAGGGGGAAGGAGGUGGCCAACCCGACAGGAGGACAGUCGCGCCACGUGGCCCGCGUGGCCCCCGUUUCCCUGUGGCUGUGACGAGCGGAUGGCAUGCGGCCGCUCACCAGGCUUUACCACCAGGUCCCAGCGUCUGCACCACCUGCCAGCCUGCCACCGUCUCCCAUCAGACCCGUGGCCCCUGCCCCAGCGCCGGGGGCCCCGGGCUCGGCCCGCAGCUCCGGCCGGCUCGGUGGGACCCGCACGCCCCCGGAGACGCGAGCAGAGCGGGGCCCGCGGCCCCUCGGCGUCUCUGGGGAACAUUCUCAGGAAACGGGAAGCGCCUCUCUGUGAAGGGUGGCUUUAAACCCGGCCCGGCGGCCCUUCCGCACGCGCCCCGGGGGCCCCGGCGGACGCGGUCUCUCCGCUUAGGCGCGCCGGCCGCGGGGCGGGGGUGCUGCUCACGCCUGGCCCGGACAACGCUGGCAUGGCGGCCGCGCCGCUCACCCUCACGAGGGGCGACGCUGUCCCGGGACGUCGCCCAGGCCCGUUCCCGCCGGCCUCGGACCCCGCGUCUGGGCCGCGUCGGGUGUGGGGCGCGUGAGAGUGACUGGGGCCCCGGGCGGGCGCCGCGGCACCAACGGCCUCGCCCCCGCGGGUCCUCGGCCGGGGCUCGGGGUGGCCGUCGCCUCUUCCCCAUCGUCGCCGCUCGUUCCCGGGGCUGUUGCUCGUGGGCCACAGGCCUGCCUCCUCGGGUGGGCUGGCGCCGUCCCCGGAGGACAGACGCCCGGGGCGGUGGCCACAGGACGCCCUCGGCGCCGGGCGCCUCUGCCUGGGGUGGCCAGUCUGGCUCUGACCCUGUGCUUUCCUGACUUCCGAGGUGUCUUGGUUUCCGUCUGUUAUCGGUGAUGAGCGCGCUGUUUAUUCUGGCUGUGGUUCAGGGAGGAGGGGGGAGGGGGUGACUGGAACCGGGAGGGGAACAGGACAGGGUGUCCUUCGGGGACGUUCUGCCACGUGGAGAGCUUGUGCCUUUUUAGCUGUUUCUGGGAACGGGAAGAAGGGGCCCCGCAGGGGGAGGCCUCGGGGCACCUGCCACCUCAGGUUCACAGUGAGUUUCUGGGUGGGCUUUGGUCAUCUGACCAGAUGGCGCUCCUGGCUCCCGCCAGCCCUUGUCCUGGGACUGGUGGCCAGGGGGCCCAGGAGUGGCCAGCUCCCCAAGGAAGGUGCACGUCGCAGCCGGAAAGAUGGCCGACGUCCUCAGAGCCAACCAGGCGAUGGUCCCGCACCCCUCCUCCACCCUGCCGGACCCAACCGUGGAAGCAGGAGCACCAGGCCCGAGUGACCAGGAGAACCGCAGCCCUCAGAGCCUGGCGGCCGUGACCCGCCACAGGCAUGGGUUGUGGCCCGUGGCUGACCCAGCGGAGGCUGGGGAAAUAAGUGAACGUGAGUCAGCCUGGCCCGAUGCUGGUGUCACAGCGGCCUCAGGGCACCCGGGGGCUGGAACGUGCACAGGGGACCGGCCCGGCAGGUGCAGCUGGGGCAAGGGCACUUGGGCCCCUGGCGGCACCGCGGCUGCCUCUGCAUCCGGGUACCUGGGUCCAGCUGUCUGGCUGUGCUUGACCAGUCACCACCUUUACCAGCACCCGAUACAGGAACGUGCGCUCUCUGCACAGGAAGGAACUCUCAAGAAUCACUACUCUUACAUAGUUGAGCGUCUGCCCCGAGGCAGUUGGGUCCAGCGUUGGAAGUGGGGAGGGCUGUGCCCCGGAGCUCACCAGCUGCUAGGACAGUACCUUCUCCUCUCCGGCCGCUGUCACGCAGCUCGUCAGCCCCAGGGUGGACACUGAGUGUCCCUCGUCUGCCAUCUGCGUUUCCCCUCAUGAAGCUCCCAGUCACAUGGCGCUGUCGAGGGCACAGCCUGUGAAAAGUGCUCAGUCUGUCCGGCUCCCCUUCUCCUUAGGUCCGUAAGGGGUGCGCAGCCUGAAUCCCUCGUGAGGGCAGAGUCAUGCUGGGGCAGGGGGUGGGCCCGGGCGGGACGCCCUUCUCUCUCCUACUCGCUCUCUGCAGGGGGGCCCCUGGUCUCCCUCUGAUGCCUGGUUGGUUCAUGUUUAGGGUUUGCUGUCUGUGGGAGUUUUUUUCUCCACCUAAGAAUCAAGCCAAGUGAAAAAGGUGAAAGUGGAUUUCUGAGUUGCUAAAGGCACAUUGGUGAUUCUCAAGGUGGGAGGGAAUAGGUUUGGUGGGGCCCCCAGGCUGCCUGGCCCCUUUCCCGGGUCUCGCUGGUCCUGGCGAAAGACUGGUUUGAGGUUGCAGGCAUCGUUCAGCUAAUGCUCUCAUUUCCUCUAAAGAACGGUCUGCGUGGACCAUUCACGGUGAGCUGCCUGGCUGCCGGGACAUGUUGUGUGGUCUCUGUAGACAGAAACCCCUUCAUUGACAACUUGGAGUUCAGAAGGAGUAGAAACGUUUCUUUUGGCCUUUUUUUUUUUUGGUCAGUCUCUUCUUUUAUGGAGUCAAAGAACAGACCAAAUAUGAGAGUGUGUUAGAGAAGACAGAGGUGUUUGAGGAGCUUAUAGGGUUUAGACUUAAGUACCGUUGAUGCAGGGGAAUGAGCUGUUUUUCUCCAAAAGCCUCCAGUUCUGCUCUGCCCUGGGAUGGCUUUGUCUGGGAUGGGGGCUGUCGUGCCCCCAGGAACGGGCUUCGGGCGCCACCGAGCACGCGGCCUCCCCUUGCUUCAGUGCUGGGUAAACAGUGCACUGCUUGUUCUAGAAUAAGUUACCAGAAAUGACCGUGAGGCUCUGCAGGUAGAAACAGCCGGAGUUGCUGCACUCUGUCCACACGUGCUGACAGUGAAAGCGGCCUCCAACGCAGCCGCUCAAAGCCGCCCUCGUGAUACCUCUGCCCGGAGGCAAUAUUAUUUAACAAGCAUCAUUUAAAUUAUUCACAUGUGCUGCUAUAAAGGUAGGACGGACCCAAGAAGGAGGGGAGCCUGGGGUGGGGCCCAGCGGUGGUUUCUGCCCGUGGUCCUCAGGUUGCUUGCCCGUGUGUUGUGAGCUCUCAUCUCACCAGUUCCCUUCCCAAGGCCUUGUUUCCCACGUGUGGGUUCAGCAGGCCCAGGACGCGGCCCUUCCCAUCGCGCCUUCCUGCCCUUCCUGCCGCGCUGCUCCCCACGGUUUCCUUUACCCCUGAAAGCUGCUCCCUCUGCGUCCGAGGGCGGGUCCGCGCCCGGCACCUGCAGGUGUCGUCAACCAUCGGUCACUGCGCCACCCUCGGGUGGCCUCAUCCGAUGGCGAGGGUGUCCGUGGAGCGCGGGGCAUCGCACACCACCAGCCGUUCCUGUGACCGGAAGUAGAGAACAGCCCGUUUACUGAGUGUUCAGGGACAGUCAUUUUGCUCUUACAAUGAAAAGAAGCAGUGGUCACUGGCCGAGUCGUCGUCCCCCGGCACCGCCGGGCCGUCGGGGGUGUCUCUGUGGAAGGCCCUCCAGCUGGGCACAGGCCGGGGCUCAGCUCUGCCACCGCGGGGGCGACCCCUCCUGCCCCCGGACCCUGUCCUGCUGUGCCGUCCCUGUCCCCUCCACCCUGGCGGUGGGGGGAAGGUUCCCAGGGGCACAGAGCGACUUCCUGUCUCUAGGUUUGAGGAGACCCCCGGUGUCCCCAUCACAUCGGAAUGAACGUCUGAGCAGCUGCCGCGGGAGGUCCCAUCUGUUGGGGAACGUGUCCCUGUUCCCACCCUGAGCGCAGGCCCGGGCCCGGCACGGUGACCCUGCCGCCCGGUGACAGGAGGCCUCCUGCGGGCUCACCGCUGACCAGGAGCGGGGCGUUUGUGCUGAGACGAAGAUCUCUCCUUGGGCUGAGUGAGCCUCAGGACCCGCAGUGUCUUUUCCUUUCCCUAACGGUUUUCACUGCUCCGUAUUUUAGAGCAGCGUGAAGGCAGCAGUCACUUUGUCUUUCUUUCUCUCCAAGGAGGGACCCCACUCAGAGGACUUCACUGAUUCCUCGUACCUGCCUGUCACGCUGGUAGCAAUCGGGAAAAGGUCGUGAGAAGACAGACUCGGGGGUGGGGGCGUGGAGCGGAGGAGGCAGCGGACACGCGUCUUUAUUUUGGCUGACCAGCUGGCUGCUGGCGCCACGGGACCACCCCCCCACCCCCACCCCUUGGCCCGGAAGAGCCGGGGUGUCUUCAGGGUACAUCCUCCGGGUUUUAGGGCUCCCUUUUACUUCCGAGGGAGACGUAAGAGGUCUCCAAGCUCCUCUUACCUUUUUGCCCCGACCCAGUUAUUUUUGAGUCAAAAUAGAAUUGGAAGAAUUCUAGUUCAUUAUUCGUUAUUUGAGAAUCUUUUCCGGAAUCGUUGGCUCAUUUGAUUCAUCCAGAUAUUUAUUGGUGGUUUAGUUGGUGUCAGAAACAGUAAAAAGUGCGGGGGAGGCCAGACCCAAGAGGGACACAGCCGUUUAGAUCUGCGACCCCCCUGGGUUAACAUUUCAGUGGUCUGACACAUUAAAAAGAUUCUGUGCUGCUUAUGUGAAGGUUUUUCUUACCUGCAGUGAUAGGACUCGCUCCUCUGAGCUGUUGCCCAGAGCCACCAGCGGCGCUGUAACCUGUCCCCAAAUUCUGAACAUAUUGGCUGAGCUGGAACGAGGCCUCUGACUCUGAAAGGGAUUUUUUUGUGUGUAAAGUUAACUGGCCUAAAGUAACUAGUUCGAUGCUACAACCUGUGUCCUCUUAAGAUCUUAGCCUCUAAAUUUCUGGGUUAACUGGUCCAAAAAAAUUUUUUUAAUAAGUAAAACUAGGAUUUAAAAAUCCAACACUUUAAGUUUGGCCCUUCCCUCCUAUCUUCCUUUCAGGAAGGGCUUUCUGGAUACCUGGUCGCCCGGAACUGACCUGGCUCGGUUCCUAGUUCAGGACAGAGACCCGGGAGGAAAGAGGAAAGUGUGUCCCCGAUUCUUGCUUACACGCAGACUCUGACCCUGGGCAGCUCCGCGCACGUCGGGGAGGGAUAAACCCAGCACGGUUGUUCUUUCUUACCUGACUGAGAAUUCUCCUGUAAAGGUCGUCUGGGGGUGGGUGUUGUUAGGAGCGUGUCUGUGUGUGUGUGUGUGUGUGUGUGUGUGUGUUUUUACGGUGGCUGUCUAAAGUAUUUUUCACAACAUGUUUAAUCAUCAGUGCUUUAAAAAGCGGUGGUGUCCUGUAGAGUGGGGAUUAGGUUACUGAGCGUUGGAUGGGAAGCUGAGGUCAUGUCGCGUGGCCGUGUUUCACCACCUGUGAGUGUGACCUGGCCUGUGGGACGCCCAGGGGGAACAGCACACACCCCCUGGCACAGGGGCGGGAGGACGGGGGGGUAUCCACCGCUGCUGGGCCGGCCUGCGUUUUCAUUUCAAAUGGGAUACAGUAUUUUUUUAAUAAGGAGCCAUGCUUUUUUUUUUAAAAAAGUUUGAGAUCUGAAUGUGAUUUCUAAUUGUACCAGACGUUAAUGUUUUAAAGCUAUAACAAAGUUUAAAAUUUCUACUCUUGGUUUUUCACUUAUUUUAACUGUUCUUUUAUCUAUUAAAUUGUUGUAUGUGGACGGGGAAGUUUUGUUUCUCCUCUUAGCAUUUGUUUCUAUAACCAGAAAUAAAGUUAUAUAUUA